AUGUCUGAUAAAUCGAGAGGUUCGGGCCAAAUUGUAAUUCACAAGGAUGUGGGAUCUCUGACUCACUACCAAUGUCCAAUCUUAAAACCUACAAAUUAUACCGUAUGGGCAAUACGCAUCAAAACCAUACUAGAAGCAAAUGGACUUUGGAAGAUGAUAGAACCCACAAACACUACGCAACAAGAUGUGAAAAAGGACAAAGCAGUGAUUGCAUAUCUGUUCCAAGCAAUACCAGAGAAUGUUGUAUUGCAAGUUGCAAGUUGUAAAACUGCAAAGGAAAUUUGGGAAAAUCUCAAGACUAGACAUGUUGGUGUAGACCGUGUGCAAAAUGCGCGUUUACAUAUACUCAUGUCAGAAUUUGAGUUAUUGCAAAUGAAAGAAUAUGACACCAUAGACGAGUUCACUGAAAAGAUUAAUAGUAUUGUUACACGGGCAAGCAAGUACGGAAGAACGUUGAAUCAAUCUACUCUGGUACGAAAACUUCUAAACGCCGUGCCAGAUCGAUUUAUUCAGAUAGUUGCAUCAAUCGAGCAAUACUCCGAUCUAGACACAAUGACGUUAGACAAGGCUAUUGGUAGAUUAAAAAUGUAUGAAGAAAGGUUAAAAUUGAAGAAAAGGGUAAGCCCCGUGAACAAUCUAGAAGAACUCUUGUAUGCGGGUCAUGGACAACAUGUUGGAAAUCAUGGACGAGGGAGAUUCCGUCCGUCACGAGGCCGAGGGAGAGGCAAUUUUCAACAUAGGGGUGAAGGACACACCUCUUACGAGUCGGAAGGAACCGACAAACCACAAAGGGAUGAUAGCAAGCAAGAGACACCGACUAUGAGAAAUAAGUCGAAAAUCACUUACUACAGAUGUAAGAAACUUGGGCACUAUGCCUACGAAUGCCCAACCAAGAAAACCAAAGAAAAUGAGACACUCUUGGUUGACAUGGAAGAUGAUGAACCGGCACUUCUGAUGUGCCUACACGAUUGA